AACCUACUUUUUCGUUAAAAAAAAUCUGUCUUUGCUAAGCACCAAGCCACACACUUGUACACAGUGACUUCUCGUGAAAUCUCGCGAUGGCUGACUCAGACGAGAUCACAGCACGGAAGACAUGACGUCUUGUCAACAGCACUAACAUAGUGGAAAAGACAUGCCACUAAGUCCCACUGAAUAGCCAUCCAUCCAUCCUUCCAUUAGUGCCUGCAUCCCGCUCUCCCCAUGACAACCCCUCCUCUGGCCCCGUUCCCCGGGCAACAGGCUCAGGCAGCUCGGGAUGUGAACACAGCCUCACUAUGUCGGAUUGGACAGGAGACGGUGCAGGACAUCGUCUUACGCACCAUGGAGAUCUUUCAGCUGCUGAGAAACAUGCAGCUGCCGAACGGAGUCACCUAUCAUCCCAACACUCAUCAGGACCGGUUGGGGAAACUGCAGGAGCACCUGCGGAUGCUCUCCGUACUUUUUCGCAAGCUCCGUCUCGUCUAUGACAAAUGCAAUGAGAACUGUGCUGGUCUGGAGCCUAUACCUCCUGAGCAACUUAUCCCUUAUGUAGAGGAUGACAGUUCUAAACUGGACGACCGAAUGGCCAAUCAAACGCGUGCAUCCAGCGAAGAGAGGAGAGAAGUACUCGAAGUUAAUAAGAAACUCAAACAGAAGAAUCAACAGCUGAAGAUGAUUAUGGACCAGCUCAGAAACCUCAUCUGGGAGAUAAACUCCAUGCUGGCUGUCAGGAGCUGAAACACACACAAACACAAACACAAAGGUCCUCCUGGGAAGUUUGUAUUUACAAGUUGGGAAGUCGCGUUUACGAGGUCAGGUGCGUUCAAGUCACUUUCAUCAGAGCAAGAUGGCGGCGCCUUUUCUCUUAAUUAAAACCACAGCAAGGUUUUUAAACUACUUCCGGAAAAUGAAGAAAAAAGAAUGUGUGUUUUGUGUUUUAAAUUUAUGAAGCCACUCUAAACUUUGUUACAUAUUAUAUUGUUAUAUUACAAUGCAAGCAAUUAUUUUGUUGUAAAAAAGCCUUUAAGUUUUGUGGUAUUCCGCCAUGUUUCUCAACUCUUUCUCAAGAUGGGAGCUUAAAGAAAAUCCCAAGCUUCCCACUCAUAUUUACGACUUUGUGGUGGUGUAUAUGUGCGUUCAACUCGUAAAUACGAUCUUUCCGACAUGGCUUGAACUGAGUUCGCUGUUUUCAGCAGGAAGAUGGAUGCAGAAAAGAGCAGCGAGGCACAAAAUUGAGAGAAGGUAGGAAGCGAAAAGAGGAGUGAGCUGGAGAAAUUCUGCUACAUUCAUAACACACGGUUGAAAUACCAUUCGGUUCAGCUGUCUUGGAUUCAAUUUUCAGCCUGAUGAACAUUAGGAGGUCUGAGCAGUCUGCUCAUUCACUCAGAUAUGCUUUAAAAUGAACCUUUUAUGCAAGUAUAGUCCUCGUGUUUUGCAUGAGCGAUAGCUCCUAUUUACUUUUAAACUGUAUAUUUCUCAAUUAUUACUUACAGAGAAUAUUGUGUGAAACAGCCUGUUAGUGUGGUGUUAAUAUAUCUACAUAAAAACCAA